AAUAAACAUAAUUUAUUCAUAUUUUUCAUAAUUUUCAGAAUAAAAAUAUGUAACAAGUUAAUCUAGUCAUAAUUCUAUUUCUAGGUUUAUGUUACACUUGCCAAGGGAAAACGGCGAAAAUAAAGCUAUGUGAAAAUUACUAAUAUUUCAUGAAACUUUUCAUCGGACUGAAGUAGCCAUGAAACUUUACAUAUCCCUAUAAAGAAAUCAGAAAAGGGAUCAAAUAAAUGGAAGUGGAAACAUAUUUCAUACCGUAUUUACUGAUCUACAUCAAAGAAACAAAGAAUUAAUGAAAGAAUUAUGCUUCAAAUAUUUUUGCUUAAAGAGACAAGUAACGAUUAAUGGAAGACAAUGGAGUAUAUUCAAACGGAUAAUACGAAUUGCAAUAACAGUACGUCGACUGAAAUUCAAGAACACAGACUUGAAAAUUGUCGACUCUGCGCUUCAUUAAUGCCCGACAAUUUACUUUUGUCAUUUUGUAAUACUGUUUAUGAGGAAAUUAUCAAUAAUCUGCUUCCGUUCGAGCUUCGUGUUGCAGAAGAGGAUGGUUUGCCAAAAAAAAUUUGCCGAACUUGUAUAGGAAAACUAUUAGAUGUUAAACAGAUAGCAGAAGGCUUCAUUGAAGCUAGCAAAAAGUUAAAAGAUGCGAGUCGAAAGAGUAAUAUCGAAGUAAUAACUAUAAAGGAAGAAAGUCCAGUACCAGAAACUAGGUUACAUGUAGAAAAAGUAUUUCUAAAAAAUGACACAGAAGUAUUGCAAACCAAUUUGCAAACAGAAAUGGAAUUUAAGGAUCCUCUGUCCAUAAAAGAUGAAGAAAUUACUGUGGAGGAAAAACUUUCCGAGCAAACUGAUGACAAAGUCGAAUUUGAUCAGAAAUUGAAAGACUGUUACGACCAUCGAGAGAUGGUGAUUUCCAAUUUACAGGGAAAUGUGCAUCAAGUUCCAGGCCUAGAAGCGGCCUACGCAGGGAGACCUACCCUUUUGCUGCUUUUAACAAAACCAACUUCGUGUAAUAAAAAUCUAACGAUUGAAAGUUCUUCGGGAACAACUAGUGAUCAGAAUGCAACCGGCUUGUCAAAAAGCGUUGCUGCCGAAAAAGAAACUUCAACUUGUUAUUCAAAUGAAGAUUCAAAAUAUGUAGCCUUAAGGAAGCUUCUCGACAGUGACACUGAUGCAAAACUUGUCGUUAAUGCUUAUGAAAAAAAUGGCUGCCUAAUGCCUGAUAAAGCACGGACUACAAUAGUUCGAGCAUUUGUUCGUAAGAAAAAAUAUGAGCUGUUACAGCAUUAUAAGAUAGGAUACAAGUUUGAUGAUUGGCAAGUGGACAAGGAAGAGUUUAAAUAUCUUGCUUCAGAAAUCGAAAGGAUUUUUCCGACAGAAAGUGCAGCUACUUAUUACAAAUCUUUCAAAGUAGAAAAUGGUACAAGGAUUGGUGAAAGUGGGAAGCUUCUUAACCAUUUUGAAUAUGCAAAAGGAAAGCUCAGGUCGGAAGGAAUAAUAAAAGCUUCAGUGAAGCCCAGUGAACGAACAGAUACUCCAAGGCCGAUUAUUAUAUUACUUGACCAAAUGGUAAAAGACAAACUCGAUUUUUUGUCAGUUAAUUCGGAUGAUUCGGACACUGUUAAAAAGUAUUGGAUUGAUACCCAUGAGGCGAGACAAAACAUUCUUCAAUCAGAAGUAUCGACUGUCGAUAUGUAUUUAAAUCGUUUCAAAGCUUUACGAGAGCAGCUAGGACGGGAACUUAUUGAAAAGGAUUUUGAACUGCUACAUCCAGGCAAAGGAAAUUCAUUGUCUGAAAAGUGGCCGUUCAUCAAACAACAUUUGUUACGACUUUUAAAAUCUGUACCAAAAUUCUCUGUUUCCGAAAAAUCUUAUCUGGAUUCGUUACCAACUUUAUCACCCGAUUGUCAGGAUGCUGUACUUUUUUAUUUAUUAAUAACUAUAGUACCAUGUGGCACGUCGAAGCGCCCACGAAAACGAAAACGCGAAUCUCCUGCAAAUGAAGAAAACGAGGAGAACGAGGGUCCUGAAGUCGAGAAUCCUGAGCAAAGUGAAGUAAUAAAAAGUCAACUACGGGGAAAUGGAAACGGAAGUGAAAAGCGAAAUUCCUAUAUGCUAUCUGUACAGAUUGAUGACGAAGAUGACGCGUCGUUACAAAAUUUGAAGAAAAUCUUGCUCUCCGAAAAAUUGACCCCGCACCCAGUGAUUUUAAUAAUUGGGACAAUAGACAAUUUUCGCAAGACCUACGUUAUUAUUAACGACGUUUGGUAUGAAACUAACUCAUUCUUAGAUGCGGUAAGCUUAACAUUAAAGGCGUUUUAUGUUUUCAACUGUACGUACCCUGACAAGGCAAAAAACGUUUGGCAAUUCGUGCAGUUUGCGGGAUUUGAUAUCAGAUCUCCUUUUAUAAGAGUCGGUAUCAAAGUAAACUCAAUGGUUAAAGAAAUUGAUGCUUUACUUAAAAAUAGUCAACAAAAUAGUUAGUAUUGAAAAACGUUGUUCUUUUUACAAAGUUUGAAAACCAUGAAAAUAAGCGGUUGAAAGUACUAAGGAUUCAGAGAAUGAUUCUUUUUCUAGAUUCAAAACAAGUUUUUGAAGAAAUUAGUGCCGAUCUUUUUUUCCGCAUUUUGAUCAUCGAUUAAGUUUCUAGAGUCUUAAAUUUGUUAUUAGUUAUGAAAUGUUUAUGCUGACUGAAUUUGCUUGUAACAUUCAGUUUUGAAUGUUUAAUUCCUAACCAGAAUGUUGAGGUUUGGAGAAAAUUCUUUUAAACGUUUUUAUAUAAAUACUUUUAUUGUGUCAUCCUCACUACAAAUGCAAUGUAAGUUUAACUCACGGCUUUCUACGUGGAGAGUACAUUACAGUGCCCGCUGUAACAAUGCUGAAAUGAUAUUAAGAAAAUUACCAUAAAAAACUAACAGUAAGUAAACUUUAACAAAUUUGUACAUUACUAAAGUUUGAAUAAAAAAGUAUAUUACAUGGUUUGGCUUACAAAAUGUACCAUCCAUUGGUCUGUGGUGCUGUGUCUUGCAAACC